UACUCUCUCCCUCCCGUUUCUUCUCGUUUUUUUUUUCCAAGAACUGCGUCGUCAAAGAAGGAUAACAAAAAAAUAUUGAUUGUGUCUGGCGGAGAAAAAAAAGGUUCGGAUCAAUCCAGAAGUUUAUCGUUUACUCCAAGAGUGAGAUUUAUCAAGACUGGAAGGAGGACUUGGAGAGUGCCACGUCAUUCAUGAAGUGAUUUAGAUUCUUGACUUGUGACUUGAAGGGGGACUAUACUUAUGAAACAGUGCACGUUGGAUCAAGCAUGAGAGAUCAACUCAACAAGUACCCUACGUUGUUUACUCGUCUGCCAACUAGGGUUAAAGCCCGGACAGUGUAACGAGGUGGUCAGUAUUGGUACACAACGUCCCAACAUUCCACGUCGUAAAUCAUGGCGGACUGGGGCUAGGCAACUUCCGGCAGCUUUUCUUCUUCAGCAGCAGCAGGCGGAAGCCGCCCAGAGAGAGGAAGCGCCGUUUGAGGAUAUCAACAUGAUCGUCCUUCAGUCCAGCCUUUGCGUAGAUAAGUGGAAACCAUUCUUUGACCAGUAUGACCCGUACAGACGAGGCGAGAUCGCCAUCGAAGACUUCAUGUUCUUACUCCGACAUCCUCAGAUCAGGGCCGAACUGGACCCUCACACCCUGACGGUGCUGGAAAUUAAGGCCGCGGACCCUCAGAGAAGUUCUGUCAGCUACCAGGAAUUUGUCAAUAUGAUGACGUACAGAAGGAAUGACAGUUUCCGACUUGCAGUAGAGAGCCGAGAUACUGACCACUGGAAGCGACCACUUUACCUCAGUGACCCAACCUACGUCACCUGCUUUCAGAAAAUGGUUCGACGUAUUGCUAGAGAAUUUCUGACCGAUGAUAUUGAUCGACAGUUUUAUGCUGACCGCUAUACCUGCUGUCCACCACCUAUGUUUAUACCAUUUAUUACAUUAUUAGAGGUUGGUUGUUUUGUUUACUACUGUACAGAAUCCAAAAUGUUUACAUUCAAUGGACCAGUGCCCGCAUCCAGCAUCUUCAUCUACAGACCAGACAAACGUCUAGAGUUGUGGAGAUUUAUAUUAUACAUGUUUCUUCAUGCAGGGUAUGUCCAUCUUCUAUUUAAUGUCAUAGUUCAAGUGUUGGUUGGGAUUCCUCUUGAAAUGGUUCAUGGUUCCUUCAGAAUUGCUUUGAUCUACUUUGCAGGAAUACUUGCAGGUUCCCUGGGUACUUCUGUUUUUGACAUGAAUGUCUACCUGGUCGGCUCAUCAGGCGGAGUCUAUGCACUACUUGCAGCACAUUUAGCUAAUGUAUUGUUGAAUUAUUCUCAUAUGGAAUUAGGUAUUUUAAAAUUGGCUGCUAUUUUUAUUGUUGCAAGUGCUGAUGUAGGCUUUGCAAUUUGGAACCGCUACACACCAAAGGAUGAAGUACCUUCUGUCGGGUACACUGCUCAUCUGACCGGUGCCCUGGCUGGGCUGACAGUUGGCCUGGCAGUCUUGAAGAACUUCCAACAGAAGCUACACCUCCAGUACAUGUGUUGGGUGGCCAUGGCUGUUUAUCUAGGCUGUGUUGGAUUUGCUAUAUUUUGGAAUGUGUUUUAUUAUUGACUUUAAACUUGCUGUGUGGAGGUGGGAGGGGGGAAGCUUUAGCUAUUUAUUUAUUGGUAAUGAUAUUGUUUUGUUGUUAUUAAAUGUGUUGAUUUUAAGAUUAUAAAGUUUUUAUUUCUGCUGGACUGCCUGGUCGUGUAAUAUGUGAGCCUACUUCAGACUGUUGUCAAAAUGGCCAAGAAGUCAAACGAAGCCCUCUGCUAAACCCUGCCAACGUGUAGGAAGUCUGGGCAAGGAAUUAUCUUUAUUUCUGAAGAGAUAUCUGAAAGUUAUAGAACAAAAAAUAUUUUAAAGUGAGUGAAUAGUUUUGUGAGGACUCAAAAGUUUUGGGACCCCCCAAAGUAUUAAUCUUUUAAGAGUAUUUUUAAUAAUAACAAUGCAUUUAUUAUCUAUGAAGAAAUUUGUCAUACAACUUGUUCAUUACAUAUAACAAGCAGAAGAUGUUGGAUUUAUUUUUUCUAUAAUCUCUGCUCGUUAUUAAAUGAAAUGCUUGCUACAUUUUAAAGAAAUAUGAUCUUAAAAAUAUAAGCUUUUUCUUUUUGUGAAUAACUACUACAUAAUAACAUUUGGAACCCAUUAUAGCAGAAUGUUAUCUAGUUGUUUAUUAUCUCAAUAUAAUUAGGAAUGACUUCUGUUGUAUGUUGAUUGCUACAUAUAUCAACUUUUGCAAGUAUUUAACAUGCUCUGUAAAUGCUGUGACCAAUGUUUUGAGUUAGGGUUAGGGUUGUUAGUUGUGGCCAAUAUGUUAAUUGUGUUGUAUAUCAAUGGAGACCAACGUGUAAAUUGGGUUGUAUAUAAAUUGUGGCCAAUGUAUUAUUUGAGAAAUGUAUCAGUUGUGGCCAAUGUGUUAGUUGGGUUGUAUAUCAGUUGUGGUCUGUGUGUGAAUUGGGUUGUACAUCAGUGUUGGCCAAUAUGUAAAUUGGUUUGUAUAUCAGUUGUGGUCUGAGUAUCAUUUGGGUUGUAUAUCAGUUGUGGUCUGUGUGUGAAUUGGGUUGUAUAUCAGCUGUGACCUGUGUGCUAAUUGGGUUGUAAAUCAGUGUUGGUCAACGUGUUAAUUGGGUUGUAUAUCAGCUGUGACCCGUGUUUUUUAUUGCUUGGCUAUUUUUGUUUUAUUAAAGCCUUUGGGCUGCAGGAAAUAAGCAUUCAAUGAAGCUAACUGAAACAUUUCUUUGGUGAACUUUAAUUUAAAAAUAAGUUCUAUUUGUAUUCAUGUAAUAAUGCAAACUAGGCAAAAAAAAUAAUUUUCAGCAUGCCUCGCCAUGAGGUUUAGUUCACAAAUAAAAUUUUUCAUAGCAAAUAAUAAUACAGAUACAUGAUACAUCAAGAUACAUUAUGACUCAAGGUAACUCAUUUGUUUGUGUGCUGUAGUAGUAAUUGGUUGCACUUUGCACUUGAAUUUCAUAUAUAUAUAUAUACUGUAUGCAUGAUACAGUCAAUUUUGUUAUAAUUGUGUGAUGUAUAUUUAUUCAACUUGUUUGAUGUGAUUUGCAUGAUGACACAGCUGUUGUUGUAAAUGUAACAGUAAUAACAUAUUCAGACUGUUUUCUCAUGGACAUGCUUGUUGAAGAUGUGUGUGUGUGUGUGUGCGUGUUUAUGUGAGAUCUAUACCUGUAUAUACUGUGUUGCUAAAUUAAGCACAUUUUAUAUUGACGUCUCUACCUAUGUUGUUUUACUAAUUUGCAUUAAAAUACCUCAUUGAUCUAC